UCUGUUUCGUAGAUCGUCGAUUAUCCGAAUCGAAAUAUCCUAAUCUGUAAUACUUCUGUACUUGAAAAUGCAUAGUAAACAGUUUCAGAAAAAAACUAUCGUCGUUUAUUUUAUCGUUGAGAGCUUUAAACAAAAAAUCUUCUACUUUUACAAGGUGUAAACAACCACGAUGGAAACAGAAGCUAUGGAUCCAGCUCAAGAGUUUGUGGCGAAGGUCCACGCUCGACAGAAGCCGGUGCUUGAAGCUAUCGCACGUUGGGACUCUCCUGUUCAGCAAUUCUAUGAGAACACUACUGUCUUCAUCACAGGAGGCUCCGGCUUCCUCGGCAAGCAGCUCAUUGAGAAACUCUUCAGAGCGACGAAGAUAUCAAAGAUCCUGCUCUUGCUCAGAAGUAAAAAGGGAAAACCUAUUGAACAGAGAUUGUUGGACAUGCUACAGGAUCCCGUUUUUGAUGCAGUAAAGGAAUUGCACCCUAAUUUCGCCGAGAAGAUCAUACCAGUAGCCGGAGAUGUUGCUGAAAUGAAACUUGGAUUGAGCGAGAAGGACUGGAACAUGGUUGCUGAUGAGACGGAUAUAUUCAUGCACGUGGCUGCGACCACGAGGUUUGACGAGCCCCUCAAAAUAGCCACUUUGAUCAACGUCCGCGGUGCCAGGGAGGCUCUCCUACUCGGCAAGGCUUGCAAGAAACUAAAAUCAUACGUCCACGUCUCGACGGCAUAUUCCUACGCCUGCGAGAACAUGAUCAACACAGAAGUGCUGGAGGACUUCUACAAGAGCCCCAUAGACCCGGAGACGCUCAUCCAGCUCGCUGAGACUGUUGAUGAGGAGAAACUUAAUGAUAUUAGUAGUGGAUUAAUCAAAAAUUGGCCAAACACCUACUCCUUCGGGAAGGCUGUUGCUGAGGAAACUGUCAGGUCCAUGGCGGACGGUCUGCCUCUGUGUAUUGUCAGACCUGCUAUAGUAAUUGUAGCACACAAGGAACCCACUCCUGGUUGGUUGGACAUGUCCAAUGUUUACGGCGCCAGUGGUGUAGUCCUAGGCCCCGGUAUAGGCCUGAUGCACACAAUUAUGUCCGACAAUGACGUGAACAUAGGCCUAGUUCCAGUGGACUAUGUAAACAAUGCUAUCAUUGUGUCGGCGUAUGAAACCUAUAAGAAAAUCCAGAGAGGAGAGACCAAGCCUAAGAUUUAUACCGUUACUACAUCCACGAGAAAUCCGACGAGAUGGGGUUGGCUGGUAGACUUCACGGAAGGUUAUAUAGCGAAACAUUAUCCCAGCCCAUCGGCUAUAGCGUAUGCCUUUGCUUGGGGAACCAAUAAUCCUACCGUAUUCUGGUUAUAUUCCUGGUUAUUGCAUUUUAUACCAGCGUAUGUCAUUGAUGCGGUAUGCUUUGUAUUGGGGAAAGAGAGGAGAUUCGUAAAAAUCUACACGAAAAUGUUCAAAAUGUCUAUUGCUCUAUCCUACUUCACUGUCAACGAUUGGCGGUUUAUCGACGACAAUACCGCAGCACUAUACGACGGUUUAUCGACUAUCGAUAAAACUAUAUUCAACUUCGACGUCACUCAGCUACAGUGGACCGAAUACAUGGUGCUAUGGUGUUUAGGACUGAGAAAGUUUAUAGUUAAAGACGGACUGAAAGGUUCAGCUUACGCCGUUAAAAAGCAGUUCUUUUUCAAGAUUUUGUUCUGCGUUCUCUUUCCUGCUUAUUUGUUCUUAUUGUAUAAAGUAUUCGUUUUCGCUAUUUCUAGUUUGUAUUUAGUUUUAAGGUUAUUUUUUUGAUUAAAUUUAGUUGGUAGUGAUUUUUUA